CCCCGCGUGCACCCUGGUCACCUGCACAAGGCACGGGAUGGCCCCUGCGAGUUCGCUCCAGUGGUCCUCAUGCCACCUCGAGAUGUUCACAAUGUCACUGGGGCUCAAGUGUUCCUUUCAUGUGAGGUAAAGGCUGUGCCCACCCCGGUCAUCACCUGGAAGAAGGUUGCGGGUUCUCCUGAGGGCCCCGAGGGGUUGGAGGAGCUGCCUGGAGACCAUGUCAACAUAGCUGUCCAAGUGCGUGGAGGCCCUUCUGACCAUGAGACCACAUCCUGGAUUUUGAUCAACCCUCUGAGGAAGGAAGAUGAGGGAGUGUACCACUGUCAUGCCGCCAAUGCAAUUGGAGAGGCCCAGUCCCACAGCACGGUGACAGUACUUGAUCUGAGCAGAUACAAAAGCCUCCACUCCCCAGGUCCAGCCGACCUCCUCUGA